UUCAAGUCUGCAGGAAUUAGAGUUGUAAUGGGAGACAGUAUCAACAAAUCCAAUGGCAGCAUUCUCGGGUUAAAGGGACAACGUCUGCCAUUUUGGAAAUGCAGUUCUCUUCCAGGAAAGGCAGUAUUCUGCAGGCCCACUUGUUUUAUGAAUGCUGAAGCCAGACUGCUCAUUCACAAAGGGCUUCCGAAUGGAGCAGAAACAGUAUGUUUAAAGGACCAAUCCCAAGCACUGCAAACCAUAAAGGUAUAGACACCCUACGAAAAAGGGGGGCGGACUGAAGAAUUAGCUGACGUUCAUAAUUAGUAUCAAACCUCCAUUCAAUAAUGACAUGUCAGUGACACCUGUCAGAUGUCACAUGUGGCCUAAUUGUGUAACAUUUAGAAAAAAAGGCCGCAAAUGAAAGGGCUUGAAUUGCUGUUUAAAAUUAAAAGUGCUCAUUUAUUGGGCAAAAUGUAUUUGCUGUGUACGUGCAUUCGGUGCAGACUGGGGAUGCGUGGUCGGAUGGGCAGGGUAAUGAUAUCCAAUAAGUUACACGGCUUUUCUUUCCAAGAAGAGCACUCGUGUGGCAUUUCAGUCGCGUAUUGGCAUAAGCGGGCGGCGUGGGUGCAGGACGGGCGGCGGUGCGAAGCUGCUCGCCACACAGAGACACCCGGACGAUGCCUCCCUUCCAGGCGAUAAAAAGGCAGCGGGGAGCCGUGUGAGCGCCUUGUGUCUCUGCGCCGAUCGGAGCUUUACGCGCCGGAUCCCGGCAGACAGCGACGCUGUGGCUGGACUGCGCCUCGCUGAAGCCGCUCCAAAGCCAUGUAGCGAUCGGCUCCUGGCGCAUGCUUUCCGAUAUAUAUUCAUAUAUUAUACAUAUUAUAUAGGUCUAUAAAAACACAUUGCCUGACUGGCGUGAUCGGUCGGAAGCGGCAACCGAGAUCCAAGAAUCCAGUCUCUUCGUGAAAGUUUCCAGAGAUAGUUAACAAGGACAUUGCCGCAAACGGAAAGAAGGGAUCGAAUCGCUGAGAGUAAAGGCGAGUGGACUAUGGCAGCGGAGCUGAAGCCGCGACUGUGCGUUAUUAAAAAGGCGGACUCUGGGUAUGGCUUCCAUCUGCAUGGAGAGAAGGGCAGAAGCGGCCAGUACAUCCGCAAAGUGGAGCCAGCGUCGCCCGCCGACAUAGCCGGGCUGCGCACCGGGGACCGGGUGCUGGAGGUGAACGGCGACAAUGUGGAGAAGGAGACGCACUACCAGGUGGUCCAGCGGAUCCGAGCGGUGCCACACGAGACCCGGCUGUUGGUGGUGGACAAUGCCACCGACGAGCACCUGCGGCGCCUGCAGCUGCCAUACACCGCCGAGCCCACCGCCCCAUCAGCGCCCCGUGAGGCAGAAAACGGGCGCAUUUCCACACAGCCGGCCCCCUCUGCCGACGCCCCUCCCAAGCCUAUCGAUCAGCCGCUCUCCCUCAGCACCAAAAAGGAGACAGACCCCCCAGUCAUAAAGCAGCAACCGCGGCUGUGCCGCUUGGCGAAGAGCGAGCAGGGAUACGGCUUCAACCUACACAGCGACAAGACCCGACCCGGGCAGUUCAUCCGCUCCGUGGAUCCGGGCUCACCGGCCGAGAAGGCGGGGCUCCAGCCCAAGGACAGGCUCGUCGAGGUGAACGGCGUCAAUAUAGAGAAUCUCCGCCAUGCAGAUGUGGUGGCGCUUAUCAAGCGGGGGGGCAGUGAGGCCAGGCUGCUGGUGGUGGAUCCGGACACAGACGAGCACUUCAAGAAGCAGGGUGUUAUUCCCCUGGAAAGCCAUGUUGAAGGCCGCUUGACUACAUCCAUCACUAAUGGCUCCCGUAAGUCUUGGCCCAGUGACAGCUCCACAUCCCAGUCCUCCCAGUCCACCAGCUCUGAGCUGAGCAACCCGGAUGCCAGCACACAGGUCCCAGAGGAUGACAAGAGGUGCCUGCUUGACCCCUUUGUGGAGAGUGGCCUCCGCCUCAGCCCCACAGCUGCGGAGGCCAAGCGAAAGGCCCAGGCCAAGCGUGGCCACAAGAGGGCACCACAGAUGGACUGGAACAAAAAAUACGAGAUCUUCAGCAACUUCUGACGGCCUCACAUUUACUGCCCCGCCCACUGCCUGACCAAAAUAAUAUACGUACUUGUAGUUAAACCUCAGACCAUUUAAAAAGGGGGAGACGUUUUUGCAUGUGGCAAAAUAUGCAAAAUAAUGCUAUGGGAUGCAGAGAACCUAAUCUCCAGAUGAUCAGCUGCACAGUCAAUCAUCCAGUUACGACAGUGUUUCCUAAAGCGGUCAGCAGGGCACACUGGACGGAUCAAUAUAUUUGUUUUAUGCCAGUUCCCAGCACACGUGUGAGGUAUUUAGAGUUCCUGAUUGCUUUGGUCUUGUUCUGGAAACUGGAAUAAAACAAAAAUGUGGGUCUGUCCACUGUGCCUCCAGGACAGGUUUGAGAAACACUGAGUUAUGAUAUAAAUAUAUAUCCAAACAUACACAUAUAUUUCUAUGCCACAGAAACAUGUUGUAAAUGUUUGUAUAGCUGCAUAACCUCGUUUACAGGGGAGAAGUUUCUUAACCGAUUUGUCAGCUGUGUCAAGGCAGAACCUUUGCCUUCAAAGUCAACAGAAUAACUCCUGUCGCUGGACACUCCCCUUUGUCCCCCCCUCUCCGCCAUUUCUGCAUUUACUCCUGUCGCUGGACACUCCCCUUUGUCCCCCCCCCUCCGCCAUUUCUGCAUUUACUCGUGUCGCUGGACACUCCCCUUUGUCCCCCCCUCUCCGCCAUUUCUGCAUUUACUCGUGUCGCUGGACACUCCCCUUUGUCCCCCCCUCUCCGCCAUUUCUGCAUUUACUCGUGUCGCUGGACACUCCCCUUUGUCCCCCUCCUCUCCACCUUUUCUGCAUUUACUCGUGUCGCUGGACACUCCCCUUUGUCCCCCUCCUCUCCACCUUUUCUGCAUUUACUCGUGUCGCUGGACACUCCCCUUUGUCCCCCUCCUCUCCGCCAUUUCUGCAUUUACUCGUGUCGCUGGACACUCCCCUUUGUCCCCCUCCUCUCCGCCAUUUCUGCAUUUACUCUUGUCGCUGGACACUCCCCUUUGUCCCCCUCCUCUCCGCCAUUUCUGCAUUUACUCUUGUCGCUGGACACUCCCCUUUGUCCCCCUCCUCUCCACCUUUUCUGCAUUUACUCGUGUCGCUGGACACUCCCCUUUGUCCCCCUCCUCUCCACCUUUUCUGCAUUUACUCGUGUCGCUGGACACUCCCCUUUGUCCCCCUCCUCUCCACCUUUUCUGCAUUUACUCGUGUCGCUGGACACUCCCCUUUGUCCCCCUCCUCUCCGCCAUUUCUGCAUUUACUCUUGUCGCUGGACACUCCCCUUUGUCCCCCUCCUCUCCGCCAUUUCUGCAUUUACUCUUGUCGCUGGACACUCCCCUUUGUCCCCCUCCUCUCCGCCAUUUCUGCAUUUACUCGUGUCGCUGGACGCUCCUAUUUGUCUCGAUUCUCUCUGCCUUUUCAGAGACACAUUUUCUCUGCGCUGUUUACAUUACAUAUACUGCUGAUCCUCCAUGGAGGCUCCACCAUAUACAAUGGCAGUGCUGCACCCAAAAUAGUGGUUAUGGGGCAUGAUGCUGGGGGUGGGGAGUCUGGGCACAUUUUUGGGGACGUUUCAGCCCAAGGAGAGAAGGGUGAGGCUUUCCUGCUGUUCUCCAGACCUCCUCCCAUAUUUGAGUCACAAAACUGAGCAGAGGGAGAGGAGAAUAUGAGGUCGGGGGGGCAAAGAAAGAGGAGGAGAAACGGGAGAGCAGGAGGUAACAACGGAGAAGACAGGAAAAGGGUAAGGAAGAGUGGACUGGCAGGAAGAUGGAUGGAACUGAGACAAGGAAGAGAGAAUUGGGAGAGAAAAGGAAGCGAAGAGGGACCGCCAAACUGCUGCGUCCCUGUCCUGGAGGAGGUCCGCCGAGAAGCGGACCUCAGACAGACCCAGCCUUCCUGAGCCACGUGUCGACUGUGCGACCCAGUCACCCAACCAGAUGCUGUGAAUGGUUUUACUAUUUGUUACUUAGCGAAUAGGUCUUCAAUGAAAACAUGCAUGGGAUUUUGGCAAAUGGCCCUUGUGCCAUGAUGUAUCGAGAGAAAGCGCUUCAGACCUGGGGUUUAGAGUUCACUCUGCCUCCUGCUGGCCAUUUUAUGUCACUGCUGGACUUUUGGCCAAAACGGCUGUACUAUUACUUUGUGCACUUGUGCCUUUUGGUGUGCUUCAGCUGUCCUUCACGCACUGCUGACAGGAUUCCUGCUUGAGGGCCUAUGGCUUCAGAUAGCCCUGCUCAUGCAUGGAGCUGAGCUGUGUACUGAACCAAUGUGCACCAGGCAUCGCAGGGUGCACUGGUUCCCAAUAAAGUGUGACUUUUCAUGUA